GCGUUUGAACGUAGCAGAAUGCAAGUACUUUCGUUACUGUUAAUCAGUUUUUCCUCUCUGGUUUGUCGAUCACUUGGACAGGAAGGUAAUUACAAUGAAGCUGAGCAGUCCCUUCCAGGAAAUGAGUGGUUGAAUCCGUGGGACAUGAUCCACUAUGAUGCGGCAGCUCAAUCGUUCGACAACACGGGAAUAGGUGUAAAGGAUGCCGCAGCAAAACAAUCUGAUCAUGACAAACUCCAAGCAAAGCUAUCGCAGUGCUACAAGGACUUGGAAAAAUCACCUGUAAAAUGUCAGGCCUGUGCUGAAAAAACUGUUGCCAAUGCAUCACCGUGUGACACUCCAUACUUCAAAAAAGUAGUCAGAAGCAUACUAGGGAAUCUUGAAGAUCGUGGAGAUCAUGAGGUUGUGGUGACUGCUUCAAAAGAUAAUGUUGCAACUCUGGAAAAAUUUGUCAAAUCAGACAAUGGAAACGUCCAAGACGUCUGUGAGGUGAUCAUUGGCAUUGUAUCUAAUUUUAAAGGCAGAGACGAUAUGUAUGGUUUUGGUCAGUGGGACAAUUCAUCAUUAAGUUAUAUAACUAAAGAGGCAAUUCUUAUCUUGGCAUCUCUGAUUUUGGUGAUUUGUGCGGCCAUUGUUUUUGAGACACGCACAAGGUUAACCUGGCGGACCCAGCUCUGGGGUGUACUGUUCAUCUGUUUUAUUGUCAGCAUUCCUUGGGAGUGGUAUCGUUUAUACAGAAAAGCAUUUGCUUCCAAACAAGCACAGAUGGAAAAGGAAAUUCCCAAACAUUGCCGGCCAGAUCACGAAUUACGGCCAUUAGAGUCCCUUACACUUUGGUUGAAAAAUUCAUUUACCUUUACUGACGACACUUGUGUAAAGUACCAGGAGAUGUUACUUGUUGACCCAAUUUGGGAAAUUUCUCCAUCAAAAGCAAUAUCUGCAACAGUAGCCAGUAUUAUCGCACAACCAUUUGAACAUGUUGCAGAAGCCAUUGGCAAAAGUUUUCGUGCAUUGUUCAGAGAGGUCCCUCUGCAGUGGCAACCAUUUGUGUUCUUGGCAGUCAUCAUCAUUAUCAUUAUUGCCAUGUUUACACUAAGUGGAUUGCAAGUGAAGUUGCCAUUUAUGACGAUCGCUACUGUCCCAGCCCUCCCUGGAAAUGUCCAGGGAAAUCUUCAAAGGCUUGAAAACCAUGUUCAAAAUGUCGAAGUGGCCGUACAGCAGUUAAAUAAUGAUGCACGUCAGAGAGAUGCAAUUGACCAUGCUCCACUGCAGGAGAACAUUAAUCAGCAGCAAGAGCAGAUUCUUGAGCUUUUGAAUGCUAUGAAUGAACGGCAACGGAGAUGGGAAGAGGUAAUGAGACAAGACAUGCCUGCAAUUCAAGGUGGCAACCAGCCAGUUCAAGGUGGCAAUCAGCCACUUCAAGGAGCUCUGGGUCCUGCAGCGAGGGGAGUGGAGCGCAUCAGUGCAGAGGAACAGAGGCCUGAGAAAUGCCCUGUCAUGGAGUCACCCAACAUUAAAACCCCUGCUCAGAAUACAGAUCAUGACAUCAAGUUUGGUGUAGAGGAUGUAGGCUCUUCUGAGUGUACAUGACAUUAUUAUCAGCUGAACUUGAUAAGGAAAAACUUCAUUAGACAGAUUCAAUCAUCAGGCAUGCAGAAAUAGUCUGGGUGUCCUGUCAGUAAAUUAUCAAGAGUCUGUGUAAUCAGAAUGUCUCAAUAUUUAUGAGGCAAAGAAGCUUGGAAAUAGAGUGGAAAAUGCAUGCAAAAUUUAUAUAAUGGCCUUAAAAUGUUGAAUCAAAUGUUUGUUUUCAAAACAAUGGUAUUGUGUCUGUGCAUAGCAAAAUCCAUCAUCCCUAAAAGUUCUUUUUGUCUGAACAGAGAAAAUCAGAGAACUGACCUGCCGCAGACUAAUGCUAUAAAGUGAGUUGAUUUUAUGUAUUAUUAAUAAUUAAUAUUCAUGCAAACAUUUGGAUCAGAGUUAAGGGUCCCGAUAGGAAGAGUUUUACGCAACAGUGACAUGUAGGCAUGUGGGGUCCUCUUUAAGGAAGUAUGAAGCUGUGAUUUGCUUACAUUUCAAAAAUUUCAGUUAUGCAGUACUAGUUUAAAUGUAGCAUAUCUUAAGCAAAACUGACCCAUUAGCCCCUGGGAACUAUGGAAAAAAGUGAUCUAAAGCAAAAGGAACUGAUAGAUUUAUAAAAAUAAUGCAAGAAAUUUGGGUUUUAUGGAUGUAAUUUUGCUGAUUAUGUAACAGUUUGAAAAGACUGUCUGUUCUGUCUGUUGGUAGGGUCACUUGUGUUUGUGGAUGAAACACUGGAAAAACAUGUGAUAUAGAAGUAUAUAUUUUCUGAGCUUCAAAAAACUGUUUUUGGUUCCUUUACCCCGGAAUCAAGAAUUUCAAUAAUUUAUCUUUGUUCAAUGUCAGUAAGGGUGCUUUCCAUUAUGCCAAAGAUUCCAGAAAUUUUUUUCAGAA